UCUCUCUCUCUCUCUCUCUCGCUAUCUAUCUCUUUUCUUCUUCUUCGAUCUAUACAAAUACCAGAUAUAGAUACAGACAUAGUAGUGAGAGUGCAGAGGGUGUGAAACCAUAAGGUCCAAUCGAACUGUAAUCAAUGGCUGAAGCCCAAAGCCCUAACCCAACAACGACGCAGAAGCAGAGAGCCCCGUUCUCUCCAACGAGUCCGUUCUUUUUAGGCUCCAAUGAUGACAAACUCGAGCGCGCUCAGGCACGUGCAGCACGCGCCGCCGCUAUACGCCGGAAAACAACCGCUACUACCCAUCCUGCUCUGGCGGACCCGUAUCUUGGCAAACAACAGAUUCUUGAGUUGUUCCAGAAUUGCAUCAAACUCGCCAGCGAAAAUAAAAUUAAUCAGAAGAAUACAUGGGAGCUCGGUCUGAUAGAUCAUCUUUGUGACAUCGUCAAAAUUGAAGAAGAAGAUGAUGUGGAGACCAAUUUUCAGAAGGCAAGUUGCACUCUUGAAGCUGGAGUCAAGAUUUACUCAAUGAGGGUGGAUUCAGUGCAUUCAGAGGCAUAUAAGGUCCUUGGAGGGAUUAACCGAGUUGGCCAAGAAAAUGAACAAGGCUCGCAGACUGGUUCUCAAGACUCAAUCAUCUCCAAGGAGCAAUGGGAUCUUCUUCAGGACCUGAUUCAGAAGACCAAAACGCCAGCUGCAUCCACUCCUAAUCCAUCUUGCUCCUUAGCAGAUGGUAUGGUGGAGGAUGCUAGGGUAAACAGUGGGGAAGAGGAAGGCUAUUCAAAGAAAGAGCAAGAGAAGAAGACAUCAGCACAAUUUGAUGAAGGUGGGGCCAAGGGUCUCUUGUUGAAUAAUCUUGGAGUAUAUGGUGGCUGUCGGGUCCUCUUUGAUUCUCUGGAAGUGCCAGGGAAGUGCAUGUCAUGUGCAGUUCAGCAUGAUAGAGCAGAGGCAAUUGAUAUUUCUUUUGCCAAAGAAAGCAUUGAACAGAUGAUGCUGAACAUGCCUAAGAAGGAUGAAAUUUCACCCAGUCUUAGGGAGAUAGUAAAUCAAUUUGAUGAAGAUAGUCAACGACCGUUAGAUGCAUUUUCUUCUUGCCAGAAAUCAGCCGAGCAAAACUGUGGGACUUGGGCCUUUGAUCAUGAUGACCAAACAAGUGUGGUUGAUGAGGGAAAUUGUGACUUGGAUCCAACUAUUCCAAAUAAUCAUGAGGACAAUGAAGGAUUUACUUUCCACGAACCUGAUGUGGAUGACAGAUUUGAUAAAGUUGAUGGCUAUUUGUUUUUAAGUUUGGGUUUUCUUCAAAACAAAACAACUGGGCAGGUCCUGAUCAUUGGAAGUAUCAGAAAGCCAGAGGAGGCUUCCAAAGAAAAUGGAUCACCGUUAACUACUAAGAAACCGCUGAGCAGAAAACAAGGAGAACGUGAUAUUGAUUUUACAAAAGCCUUGGACAAUGAUACACCGGAUAUCUUUGCUCCUCCUAAGAAUCCCAAGUCACUACUACUGCCUGCAAAUAGAACACCUUGUAAUACAACACUUCCGGAAGAUUGCCAUUAUCAGCCAGAGGACCUUGUCAAGAGUACCAAAGAUAUUGCUGCUGAUGAAUCAAGUCAACAGAGAGAUGAUGAUGGACCAUUGCCAUCUUGGGAUGAUGGUGGGUUUGAUGGCCAAUACGAUGAUGAAAAUUCUUAUAGUAAUGUGGAGGAUUCAAGCACACUUGUCUCUCAGCCUCGUCAGGUAAAUAAGAUUGAAGUGCAGUAUGACAAAACGUCCAAACAAGUUGAUGUUCAGGCACUGAAAGAGACUCUAUGGAGCCAUAUACAAAAUUCAAACCAAAUGCUUGUCCAAGCGCAGGAAGAUACAGUAUCAUUUAGGGAUAUCUUGGCUACCUUUCCAAAUGACUGCAAAGCAGCUGCAUCACUUCAGGAUCUGUCUCCACAUUUAUGUUUUAUAUGCUUAUUGCAUCUCGCUAAUGAGCAUGGGCUGGGCAUAUGUGGUAGCGCCAACUUGGAUGAUCUCAAUGUACGCCUUCCACUUCAGUGCGACGUGCUUCAAGGUGCAGUCAUCUAA